AAGGUACUCGAGAAUGAGGUAAAGUUUGCCUCUCGUCUGGAAGGCAUUUAUGAGGUCCACAAUAAAAGUAUGCUGAACUUCCUCCAGGAUGCUCCUCUCUGCUUAACUGUGAGCAUGAUCACGGCCUGUUGAAACACAAUCAAAAGCAGCAUGCUGAGUUAAGAGCUUUCCCACCAAAUGCCCAGUGUGCAGAUCUGACAUGCCCAAUAAAGCUCAAUCUAUUCCAAUGACUGAUGCGCACUGGCUCUCCACAAUCAGGAGAGUAUCAUGGUCACUGCUCACUGUUAUCACAUUAUAAGUCCUAGUUUAACAAUGGAGUGAGUGUCACACCUGUUAUGUAUACCUUGUCUUGUUUCACCAUUGCCCUUUGUUUAUCAUUUUUGUCACUUUUGUAAUUCCUUAGUUUUCACUUUUGUCCCUUUUUUAGCUCCAUAGUUUUCUUGUCAGCCUUCGUGUGCUCUGUUCAUUGUUUUCACCUGCCCUCGUUAGUUGUCUUUGGUUUUAGUUUAUCACCUUGUUAUCUUGUUUGAGUUCUGUUUGUUCAUUGGUUCCCGUCUUCCUAUGUCCAUGUAUUUAACCCUGUCUGUUUGUUCAGUCGCUGUCAAUCGUUGAAUGUUGUCAUGCCUGGUAUGUGUUCCCUGCCCGAGUUCUCAGUUUUAUUUCAUUGUUUAGUUUCCUGUUUUCCCAUCGUGGUUGUUUCUUUUGUGUUUAUUCGUUUGUUUACUUAAUAAAGUAAGUUGCAUUUGGAUCCGCUCUCCUCGUCUGCCUUCGCUGCCUCCAUUCGUUACAGAACGAUUGACCACCCAUGGAUCCAGCAGCCUAUUCGGUGAAUUAUCGGCUCCUUUGCCUCAAGCAGGGGGACCGCCCUUUGGAGGACCAUGUCCAGGAUUUUCUGGAGCUGGCACACCUCUCUGACUUCCCCGACCAUGCCCUGGUGGCAUUCUUCCGGGUAAAUUUGAACGAGUCUCUGAGGGAGUGGUUGCCGCCGGCGAGUCGUUGCUGGACGCUCCUAGGUUUCGUGGAGGAGACCCUGCGGGUCAGCGGGUCGCCGCCCACUGUGGGCGUUCUGGAGGAUGACGCUCCUCCCACGAAGAUACUCCCCCUGUCAGCCACGAUUCGUCUCUCCACGCCCGUCCUGACCUACACGCUGCCAACCUCGUCCGCUUCAGAGCCGGUGUGCCCCGCACCCGCGAUCCUCGAGCCUGCACGGCCCACUUCGUCUGUCCGGAGGAGGAAGAGAACACGGGCUUCCGCCUCCCAGUCCACGCCUGCCCCGGUCUGCGAGCCAGAGCCCGCAUCACCCACGGUCAACCAGCCAGAGCCAUUAGCCCCCGUUGUCCCUGAGCCAGCGCCUGUAGCCUCGACCGUCCCUGAGCCAGCGCCUGUAGCCUCGACCGUCCCUGAGCCAACACCAGUAAGUAAGUAAGUAAGUAAAAUGUAUUUAUAUAGCACUUUUCACAGAUAAACAUCACAAAGUGCUUCACAGUAAAAUGUAAUACAAAAACAAUUUAAAUACAUUCCCCAAAAUACAAACAACAAACACUACAAACAACCAUAAAAAAAACCCUCGACUAACCAAAAGCCUGCUUGAAGA